AUGACGACAGCACGUCCUAAGCCGUGGGAAACCGGCACUUCGACCGCGUCCACCACAUCAAACUCAACAGGCGAUUCUGUUGUGUCUUUAGCAUCUACGGGAACAUCCACCACUGCGCCCGAACUACCAGAAAAACCAUCAUCGCUUACAGCCAACCCAAUGACGAGCCUAAACGGAUCCAACAUGCUUUCACGCACUUCGCCCUACUACGGUGGGUAUGGUAACUAUGGGUCCAACUCCAUGUAUGGCGGAGGCAUGUACAACUCAUAUGGCUCCUAUGGUUCGUCCAUGUACGGAUCGCUGUACGGGAACGGGAUGUAUGGGAAUCGAUACGGCCGCAUGGGCGAUAUGGGGGGAAUGAACAACGGAAUGAUGGGGCAAGGCAUUGUUGGCUCUUUUACACAGGGCACAGAGGCCACGUUCCAGCUGAUAGAGAGCAUGAUAGGAGCUGUGGGUGGGUUUACCCAGAUGCUGGAGAGCACGUAUUACGCGACACAUAACUCGUUUUUCACGAUGAUGUCGAUGGCAGAGCAGUUCCAGCACCUGAAGAGCGCCAUGGGGUCGCUUUUGGGGAUCUAUGCGCUGUCGAACUGGAUCAAAAAGGCACUGCGCGCGAUCAGCGGGGGAAAAAUCAAGAUCAGUGUCGACGAGUUCAAGAAGAAGAUUGACAAGAACAAAAAUAACAAGGACCACAAUAAAGACCGGAUGUCGCUGAAGCCGCUGCUGUUUUUCCUGGCUGCGGUGGUAGGACUCCCUUAUGUGAUGAAGAAGCUGGUUGCGCAGAUGGCCCAGCAACAGCGCAGUAUUCUGAACGGACCGGAGGGCCGGAGCCAGGGUGCGAUUACUGGCUCUGGAGCGUCACAGGACGGCCCGGUGGAUGCAAAGAAGCUUGAGUUUGCGCGGGCGCUGUACGACUUCAAUCCGGAGAACGAGGACAUGGAGCUGAAGCUCAAGAGGGGAGACCUUGUUGCGAUUCUGAACAACGCAGAUAGCUGGUGGAAGUGCCGCACGCGCGAUGGCAGAAUGGGUUUUGUUCCGUACAACUACUUGCAGGUGAUCAAGCGCACGGCGAAGGAGGUCACUGGUGUUGCUGACGCGACGGUCAAGGCCGACGUUGAGGAGUUUAAGAAGCUCAAGUAUUAA